AUGGCUACUCAAUACGAAGUCGAGCACAACAUCCAGCUCUCGGAGCCCCGCCGCGCCGGCCGCCGCGUCGACAUGGCCUCCUUCUUCUCGCUCCUCAACCAGCUCAGCAGCGACCCCUCGCCGUCCACGGGCGCGACCGGCGGCGGCGGCGGCGGCGGCGGGCACUCGCCGCACAACAACCCCCACGCGACGCCCACGCCCGUCGACACGGCCGCCCUCUUCCGCCUGCUGCAGGACCAGCUGCAGACGCUGUCCGCCACGGCGCCCACCCCCGACAACCGCGACUUCCUCGACCGCCUCGUCGCCUCCCUCGAGGAGGACAUCAUCGACCCGCCCACGACGCUGCGCGGCGUCGACCAGCAGUUCGUCGACACCCUCGACCGCGUCGCCCGCAAGGGCCUCGCCCAGGACGACGACUGCGCCAUCUGCAAGGUCCCCUACCUCGAGGACGAGUGGUGCCUCGUCGUCGAGCUGCCCUGCAAGGGCCGCCAUCGCUUCGACCUCGAGUGCGUGGGGCCCUGGCUGCGCAGCAAGGGCACGUGUCCCAUGUGUCGCGAGGAGAUGGGCAAGAAGAAGCCCGUUCCCGUGGUCGAGGACGACGAGGAGGACGACGACAUGAUGUACGGGUAG